UGGUGGAAGGUGGCAACAGCGCACCGCUCUUACCCCCCCCCCCCCAGUCUCUCACCGCCAGCGCUCCAUCUCCUCCCGGACGUGCGUCACGGCGCUCCCAGCGAGCGCUCCUCGCUCUCGACUCAAGCGGUGCAGUAGCACCACCAGCACCACCAUGGCCGGAGUCAAAGCGUUGCUGGGGUUGUCCCUCGGAGGAGCCGUCGGACUCAUGUUCCUCAUGCUGGCCUGCGGACUUCCCCAGUACAACUCCUACUGGCCGCUGUUCGUGCUGCUCUUCUACGCGCUGGCGCCCGUGCCGUGCUGCGCCGCGCAUCGCUUGUCCGGCGACGCCGACACGAGCAGCAGCAGCUUCGGCGCCGAGCUGGGGCUCUUCUUCACCACGGGGGUCGUGGUGUCGGCGUUCGGCCUCCCCGCGGUGCUGGCGCACGUCGGCACGAUCGCGUGGGGCGCGUGCGCCCUCGUCCUGGCGGCGGACGUCGUCAUCUUCUCCACCAUCCUCGCCUUCUUCCUCGUGUUCGGCCGCGGCGACGACGCCGGCUGGAGCUCCUGGUGACCCCCCCCCACCCCCCACCGCCCUCCGCGUCCCACCAGGCGCUGGCGGCGAGCGGCGUCGACGGCGGUGGCGGCGGCGUUGCCGACGGCUGCCCGGCAAACUUCAGCAUCUCCGGGGGGCGCCUGAAGAUGGUUCUGAUCGGCCGAAGACGGUCAUCGUCGACGUGAUAAAUACGUGUUCUUCUUCUGAAGAUGUCUGUAAUCUUCGGAAGACCGACACCAUUUGUAUCUGAAUCAGACCCUUCUUAUUAUCAGCUCUAACCAAAGGUAAUCUUUGUCAAGAUGAGGAUUCUACGGAAAGCAUCAACGGCAACAACAGCGACUUCAAUUCACCACGUCGUUGCGGCCACCCGUCCCGGAAUUGGCCUCUGUGCUCGGCCGGGAGGGAUCGGCUGUGUCCCGGGGUCCCGUGCCGGUGUUGUGCCGGGGCUCUCCGGCGGGACGCUCGCCCGCCGUGUUGUCGGUGACCCGACCCGAGCGCCGACUGAGAAUCCGCGCGCGUUUUGGCCUCCGGUGGGAAAACGCGGCGGUCCCAACCACCGGCACCUCCUCCAGUCGCUUUCCGGCAGUGAAGCGCUUUGUGUGGGUGUGGUGGGGGGGGGGCACGGGAGAGGGGGGGGCUUUGGGGACACGCGGGAGAGAGGAAAACGACCGACAACCGUGGCACAGUCCGCCACGACGCACCAAGAGAUGUCCCGCGCCACCCCCCCCCCGCAACCUCUGACCCCUGUCAAAUCGACCACCCCCCACCCCUCUCUGAGCAGCCCCGCCGCCUGGGCCACCGCUCGAGAUCCGUGAACCCCGGCGCAGUCGCACCGCCUGCGCGCUCGCUAGCCACGGCGCCUCUGGGUUCGCGAGUGAUUCGCUCGCCGCGCCGGUGAGAUCCUGGGCACGUGCUGCGCUACUGCUGCUGCUGCUGUGUGUGUGUGCGUCUUCGUCUGUUUGUGUUGGGGAGCGGUGGCGCAGUUGUAAGCGCGCUGCGCUCGCAAGCCGGCGGCCCGAGUUCUAUUCCCGCUCACAGCCGACACCAGUGACAGCCUCCCCCCUAGGUCGACUCGGCAUGAAUACCUUGCGCGAUGUAUAAACAUCGCCACUCGGUGAUGUUGCAAUUGCCCCCAGGCUACACGUGGGGGGUGGGGGCCACGCAGCGCUCGCUUUGCAUGGAAUGUGCGUGGCCUCGCCCUGAGCGAGGCCUUCCUCCGUGUCCCCCUCCCCCCCACCUGGGUCGGUAUGGAGGAGCUGUCACGCGGUCCAACUGGUGGGGGAGGGAGAGGGAGGGUCUGCACUCCCUCUUACCUCCCUCUACCAAUUAAACAAACAAACGCCCCCCCCCCAUCGCAGCCACCUCUACCCCGCCCGUCGACUCCACGUGGCCACCGCCGCACCCCCCCCCCCCCCCCCGGGGGUUCGCGUCGCUCGCUCCGCGUUUUUCCGCAGGCACGAUGUCCGACGUUUCGCCGCCGCGCGCGUGCCCGGGACCUUUUUCAGUUGCGUUUCUGCCCACGCGGCCGUGGCGUCUCCCGCCCCCUCCUCCCUCCCCGCCGUAUCGCUGAUCCCUCGCUGCUGCUGCUGUAGCUGCUGCUGUAGCUGCUGCUGCUGCGUUUGAAGAAUACAACAGGCUUUUUUUCCACAGUGGACCGGCUCCGUUUUGAUUUUCUUCCUGCCCGGCCUGCACCGCGCCACACCGCGGCCCCUGCCGCAGGAGCCCCGGGGGUCAACUGCGCGGCUGGUUCAACGGUAACCGCUAACCGGUAACCGUUAACCGUCUCCACGAUCAGUUACCGGGUCAGAAAGUCAGUGGACUUCCAAUCGUGGAUCAAACUGAUUCAGAGUUUGAUUUGAACCGUGCUGCCCAUGGUGGCCAGGAGAUGUUAACUACCUCGCCUGGUAUACAGGAGGUCGUGGGUUCCAUCCCGACCCUGACGCCUGUUGCAUAUUUGGAGUUUGCGUGUCUCUCUCUGAUCAACACGGUGGCCAGGAGAUGUUAACUACCUCGCCUGGUAUACAGGAGGUCGUGGAUUCCAUCCCGACCCUGACGCCUGUUGCAUAUUUGGAGUUUGCGUGUCUCUCUCUCAUCAACACGGUGGCCAGGAGAUGUUAACUACCUCGCCUGGUAUACAGGAGGUCGUGGGUUCCAUCCCGACCCUGACGCCUGUUGCAUAUUUGGAGUUUGCGUGUCUCUCUCUCAUCAACAUGGUGGCCAGGAGAUGUUAACUACCUCGCCUGGUACACAGGAGGUCGUGGGUUCCAUCCCGACCCUGACGCCUGUUGCAUAUUUGGAGUUCGCGUGUCUCUCAUCAUCAUCAUCAUCAUCACGGUGGCCAGGAGAUGUUAACUACCUCGCCUGGUAUACAGGAGGUCGUGGGUUCCAUCCCGACCCUGACGCCUGUUGCAUAUUUGGAGUUUGCCUGUCUCUCAUUAUCAUCAUCAAGGUGGCCAGGAGAUGUUAACUACCUCGCCUGGUAUACAGGAGGUCGUGGGUUCCAUCCCGACCCUGACGCCUGUUGCAUAUUUGGAGUUUGCGUGUCUCUCUCUCAUCAACAUGGUGGCCAGGAGAUGUUAACUACCUCGCCUGGUACACAGGAGGUCGUGGGUUCCAUCCCGACCCUGACGCCUGUUGCAUAUUUGGAGUUUGCCUGUCUCUCAUCAUCAUCACGGUGGCUAGGAGAUGUUAACUACCUCGCCUGGUACACAGGAGGUCGUGGGUUCCAUCCCGACCCUGACGCCUGUUGCAUAUUUGGAGUUUGCGUGUCUCUCAUCAUCAUCAUCAUCAUCACGGUGGCCAGGAGAUGUUAACUACCUCGCGUGGUAUACAGGAGGUCGUGGUUUCCAUCCCG